AUGAGUGAAUUGCGUAAAAGAAGCCAGCAGAAUGGCGAAUGCAUGCCGCAGCAGAAGCGAACGCGUUUCGACGACCGGAACGACGACGAACAUGACCCUAGUGCGGUCGAUGAGGUACACAAUGAUGAGCCGGAGAAGGUACGCAACGGUAAGCUGUUGCGGAUGGUGGUGAAGAAUUUCAUGUGCUACCGGCAUAUGGUGUUCGAGUUCAACAAGUGCGCUAAUUUGUUGAUCGGCAAGAAUGGUAGUGGCAAAAGCGCCAUUGUGGCCGCCUUGACCGUUGGUCUCGGUUGUAACGCAAUGCAGACGAACCGGGGCACCAAUUUGAAAGAUCUCAUUAAGCAUGGCGAAUCGCAAGCAGUAAUAGAGAUUCAUCUGGAAAAUUCGAAUUUUGAUUCUUACGAGCGUGAGCAAUAUGGCGAUCGCAUCAUUAUUCAAAGGACCCUCAAUGUGCACGGACCAUAUUACAUGUUGAAAAAUGCAAACGGUCAAACCAUCUCGACCAGCCGCUACGAGCUACAAAAGAUACUGUUGGCGUUCAAUAUUCAGGUCGAUAAUCCGAUCUGUGUAUUGAAUCAGGAUUUGGCGCGUUCCCUGUUAAAAGAUUCGGACGAAUCGAAACAGUAUAUGUUUUUCGCCAAAGCGACGCAAAUCGAUACGAUUAAGCAGAAGCUGAACCAGUGUGCGGUGAUUGCCGAGAAGCUGCACCACACACUUUCUUUGCGGGAGAAAAGUCUCGAGUAUUUGCACAAGGAGGUAGAGACGCUGGAGGAAAAGUAUCUCCAUCUGGAAGUUACAGAACGGUUGACUGGGAAACUGAAAAAGCUGCAGGCACAACUCGCCUGGCUCAGCGUGGCUGAACAAGAGCGGAAACUGGACGAGGUGGACCAGGAACUCGAGAAGCUUCGUUCUUCGAUCGAAGAGAAGGAGCUUCUUAUCGCAAAUAGUGGAGCACUUUGCGAACAAACGAACCGUACCGUGCAGAUGUUACUGGCGGAUAUUGAGGAAAAGAAACUGCAGUUUUCUACGCUUAAGGCCGAACACGUGGAGCUUCGUCAGGCGAUGCAAGAUACGCUGGUUGAACAGGCGAACAUCGAAAGGCUGAAGCAAAGCACAUCAGACAAACUGGGACGGAUUCAGGAAGAGAUAGUUGACGUGGAGCUGGAGCUGGAGAAUUGGAGCCAAAGCCAUGUGAGCCAAGAGAAGGAGACAGAAGAAAUGGUACUGCGCGAGCGGCAAGAAGAGUUGUCCGAACAGAUCGAUCAGAUUGAGGAAGAACUGGAGAAGAUGCACACUGUCCUAAUGGAGCUGAAUGAUACCCGAGCUCAGUGUCGACACGAGAGACUAGCGAAACGUUCCAAGGUUAUGCGACUCGAAGAAGAGCUAGAACAGCUAAAAGAAGCACCAGACAACAAGCUGGCCUGUUAUGGGCACAACAUGCCAGCGCUCGAUGCACACAUCCACCAGCUGUAUCGAGAGGGUAAAUUUUCCGAGUUGCCACGUGGCCCACUUGGUCAGUAUAUUGAGGUGCGUGAUCGCAAAUGGGCCUCGAUCGUUGAAGUUGCACUGGGAAGACUUCUUUUGGCGUUCUUUGUGGCCACGUCGCGAGACAGGAAAACAUUAAAUGAGCUGCUGUUGCGAAAAUAUCCCAAUUUGAGUAAUUGUCCUAUCAUCACGGGGCGUUUUGUAAAGCAGCUGUACGAUGUGGAGCAAGGGUGCGUACAGGAGAUAAACGGAACGCAUCUGCUAAUGAACCUCAUCAAGGUCACCGAUCCAGUCGUAAUGAAUCGGUUAAUCGACAGUGCAGCGAUUGACACGAUCCUCGUCACCGAGCAGCAGAGCAUCGCGAUUCAACUGACGAGUGAAGUGGAAAAUGUCCCCGAAAACCUGUCCAAGGUUAUCGCGAGGGAACAGUGCUCGGAGUUCUACCCUCAGCCUCAGUACCGCAGUUAUUCAAGGAUGUCCGUACCUCCGUCGCGCUAUCUACAGGUAAACAAGGACGAGCAUAGGCACCGUAUGGAGCAGCUUUAUAAAGCGAUGUGUAGGGAACUAGAGCAGCUAAAAGUCUCCGAGAAUGAAGCAUACAAGGCAUACAAGAAACAAACCCGACGGUUGUGCAAACGGGAGGAACAUUUGAGUAAAUUGCGCAAGGCAAUAUACGAGGUAGAACGGCGUCUGGAUAUGUUGGCAUCGUCGACUAUACACGAGGAACCAGAGGAAAGGACGUUGCGCUGGGAGUUGGAAGCACUGCAGACAGAGUCUAUGGAAUUACGCGAAAAGUUGGAAACGGAACAGGAAACUCUGCAAGCGACCCAAUCGGAGGUUCUCGAUGCAAAGCAAGCAGUAUUGGAGAAGAAGAAGGCAAUGGCAGACAAUGAGAAUAUGAUUCGUGCCCUCCAGCUUCGCAUCAAAGAUGAGCUGCGGAAGCGUGAGGUUCUGCAGGCGAAUGAGCAGGUGAAACGGCAAGAGCUGCAACGCUGCGAGGAUGUAAUACGCGAACGGAUAUCAGUGCGAAGUGCCUUAGCGGAAGCAGUGGAACGAGCCCGUACAGAAGCACUUACCACGGGUAGUCCCGUUGAUACGACGGAAGUGACGGUGGAGGGACUGAAACAACAAAUUUAUUCUACCGAAAAACGCCUUCGGAAAAUGAUGCGUACCAGCGGCAACAUCGAAGAUGUUCAAUGGGAGUUGGAUCUGAAAACAAACGAAUUGGAAGAAACGAAGCAUUACACGGAGAUGCUGCGAGGCAUCAUAUCCUUGCUUAACAAGACACGCGAAUCUCGCUACGCGUACUUAAAUAAGCUAAUCUCGCACAUGUCCCUUCGUGUGAAGCACAAGUUUAAGACCAUCAUGCAGCUAGGACACUUCGCCCGGAAGAAGAUCCACAUCGAUUGUGAAGCCGAGACGCUAAAGUUUGAUGUCGUGCCACGUGCUACGAAUACCAAGGGUGCAGUUUGCACGACAGAUGCGCUGUCAGGCGGGGAGCGGUCUUAUACUACGGUGGCAUUCCUCAUUGCACUGUGGUCUUGCGUAGAUACUCCGUUCUUCAUUUUGGACGAGUAUGACGUGUUCACCGAUAGAAUCAACCGGCACUUUAUAACACAAUUGCUGCUAGAUGAAGCAAAGAAGAAACCGGAUCGCCAGUUCUGCUUUCUCACGCCACAGGAAGCGGAUGGUUUAACGACAACCAGCAGUUUAACGAUACACCGAUUUUUAGAUCCUGAGUGCGACAACUCGCAGCACUAA